AUGACGGGGAUUUAUAUACCUUCCACAAUAAAUAAUAACCAUCUUCUGCAAGAUUUCAAGCAAAUGAGCAAUAAAAAUAAGAAGUAAAAUGUUAAUCAAGAUGGAACAAAAGUAGCAUUGCCUAAAGUAUAAAGCCAGCCUAAAUUUUAGAUUUUCAAACUGGAACCUGUAAAACUCUCCACUGAGCAAAUCUAAAUGGGAGACCAAACAUAGAACAGGUAAAAAAGAAAAACUCUAACCUAAUUUGAAGAGGUAUUAUAAAUCAAUAACUCUGCAAAUAAUAAAUUGUUUUCCACAUAAGCUAGUACCUAAUAAAAUAAUGAGGGUAAUAUUAGUAAUAGAAAUGGAUAAACAAACUAUUAGAACAAAAUAAUCAUAUUUGAUACUGAGCAAGACGAUAUAAAUUUGAAGAGCUAAAUAGAUACAAUAUAGCUCAAUGGUAUCUCUCUCACACCAAUGGGGGAUCAGUCUUUGCACUUACCAAAUAUUUCUAAAAUAAAAAUGAAUGAAGACUAAUCCAUGUAAAACUCAAAACAAACAAUCUAGAAGAAUAAGCUAAAUUUUACUUUCAACAGCAGAUCUGUUGCUAAUUUGUUCAAAUUGAGUAAAUAGCAAGCAAUAUUAGCAUAAUAAGUAAAAACAAGAAAAAGAACAUUUGAAAUUAAUCUAGAAAGAAUGAUCAAAAAUGAAAAUAAAUUCAGUGGCCAUGUAUAUAACAUGGGAAUAAUCAAAUAUGAUCCGCGAGUAUACAAAGACUAAAAAUCUUAAUUCAUGAUAUUACAAGAUUAAAUGAGUGUCUUGAGUGACAAGAUAGGUCAAUUUAUAUUCCAUUUGAAUUCAAGAGGGGACUAAAAAAUCAGAUAGCUUUUUGAAUACGUUACUCCUGAGCAGCAGCUAAUUUUCAACAAAAGACUGGAAAUAAUGAUUGGUAUGAUAAUAAUCAUAGGAAAAUCAGUAUUGUAAGAAUUUGGAGACACUCCUUAGAAAAUAGGGAUAAAGAAUACAGACUAUUUAUUAAAGAAGUAGGAUAUGAUAACCAAUGAAAUUGAUGCCUUGAUUGAAAAUUUUGAGACUCUGAGGGAAAUUCAUGAGAUCUUUAAGAAUUGCUAGUCAGCUUAUAAAAUUAUCCAAACUAACUAUGACAGGGAGGCUGAAGAUCCAUAAAGAAUCAAAGUAGUUAUCGAUCUACUUGACAAGACGAGAUUUUUCUGUGGAGAGCUUCUUGAAAAGUUCAAAAUUGCUGAGAGAAAUUAUGCUGCGACUGUAAUUUAAGUUGUUGUUUAUAUAUUUUAGAAAUAAAGAAAGAAAGAUACUGAUAAGGCAAGAGACGAUCUGUUCAGAUCUUUCUUACCCGAGAUUGAUAACAAAUUAGCAAUGAGGAGAAGAAAUAGAAGAAAGAGAUAAUCAGCGGAUUAAUCUAUUCAAAAUCAGUCAAUUAUAGAUGAAAAUAAUGAUGAUUAUGACGAUGAAAGAGAUGACUAGGAUUAUGAACAGGAUAACUCAAAUAAAAUGAUCGGUGACUUUAAGUUCUCUUUUUAAGAUAUGGAUUUGAAAUCCUAGUUUAUUUCGCCAUCAUCUAAGGCUCUUAAUAAUACAAACACUACCACAAACAAAAAUGCAUUAAGCCUAUUGAAGGCAAACAACAAUUCACUAAAUCCAAGUAAGAUUAUUCUGGAAUAAAAUGAGGGCAAAAAGAAGAAGAAGUCAAGUAUUAGUUAGGCAUAAACCAUCAAGAAGGAAACUUAUGAAAUGAUUGAUAAAAUGCUUAAGAGAAAUAUGAGCAAGGCUUCACUGCAAAAGAUUAUGCUAUCAAAAAAGGACACGAAGUUAACUACGAAAGAUGUAAUGCCAGAUGAAGUUGAAAUUUUGAACGAAUAAGGGAAGGAGAAAAAUAUGGACAUGAUGAGAUGCGUUUAAAUUCAAAAAGCACUCAAGGUGGGAGCAGGACUUUGCAGUUCUUAAAUUGCAGAAAAUAUUUACCCUCUUUAAAGAGAGCUAGGUGAGCAUAGAGAUAGUCUUUCUAAGAGUAUAAGUGAGAUUAUCAAGCUUAAGAAUGUCAAGAUGAGAAUAUAUUGA